AAAAAUUUUCUCCCUUCAUGUCUUUUCAAGGGUGUGACAAUGAGACUGCUCUUUCGUAUAUCAGUUCUUUUUGUCUUGGGUCAACUACUCUACAAAACAGUGACUCAGCGAUGCGGAUCCGAGAUAUCCAUCUUCGGCUGGAUGUUACGGGGACAUAUCUACAGCACGAUGUUAGCAGACCUCCCGCAUACAUGCGUACAAGUUUGUCGCGAAGACGAUCGAUGUCAAAGCUUUAACUGGGUGAUCUCUCUCCUCAAGUGCGAGUUUAGUAACAGAACUAAGGAAGCCAGACCUGAGGAUUUCAUUUCAGAUCCAGACAGAUUUUACUACAAACGUGAUAGGAACAGAGGUGAAAAACAGUUUCCAAUUCAUUAUAAAUAAUUGUGAUAACUGAUCAAUGCUGAUUAAGGUCGAAGCAAUGGUCUCUAAUCAGUUGAGUCAAAUUUGGACGACCACGUAUUGGGAGUUAAUAAAGAGAGACAGAAUUGCGCGAAACGAAGUAGUGUCACGAAUUUAUCACAACGUAUAAUAAAAACAAAAUUUGUAAUAAUUUCAACUUUUUUCUAAAAAGUAACCCUUUCAAAAGCAACUGUCCCAAUAAAAGUGUACCGAAUGGUGCAUAUAAUGUUCCGUCCAAUUACUUGGGCGCCAAUAUCAGGGCGACAGAUAACCAAUCAGUUUGGAGGAUUAUGUCAAGGCUGUGAUGAAGCUACUCUUCCUGAAGUGUGAUUUAGCCAACUGACUGUCUAUCAAAUUAUAAAAACGAAAUUAUACGUCUUCUUUCAGUACCUCUGGGUUCUACUCCUGAACUGCCGGCUGAAACCUGUUUAGAAAUAAAGAAGAGUGAAGGUCAUGCAAUCAGUCGAAAGUAUUGGUUUUCUUCCAUUAAAACUGGCACGUCUGUUCUUGCUUACUGUGAUAUGAAAACUGAAGGUGAGUUUUAGUUUUUAAUGGUAAGCUAUGUGAGAAAGAAACUCGAAAAAGGGAAGACCGAGAAUAUUUUUGAGAUGAAGAGAAUCAGCCUAUAAAAUAACCCUGAAAAGAAUAAUGCUCUUCGACGUAUUUUCGAUUUUGCGAUAGACUAUCAAAUUUCCUGUGAAGUGAACGAUUAAAUUGUGAACGGAUUUUAGAGUUAUAUUUAUCUUUUGAUGUUAUUGGCGUAGGGAGUGAAUGAGAAUUCGGUGGAAAUAAAAUUUUUCUACAGCAAAGGACUAGUGGGGACUGGGGCUGAAUAAGUUGAAGUGCAAGUCUAAACCGUUGUUCAGCUCAGUGCAUCCUUUAUUAUGCGAUAAAUACCAAAUGCUUGGACGUACUGUUUAAUGUUGCAGGAUAACGUUUUGCUAUUAUUUCCGGUGCUUUCGGCCAAAACUACCAAAAUGGUAUACAACUAUCUUCCGAAGGGGAGGUGAAUAGUGGGAUAUAUACCGAGACGCGAAGUAUUUAUCUAGCGCUAUGAACGGACCUUGAGGGGGAUAGUUGUUUUAGUAUUUACCAAAUCAGUUGAAUAAAAACCAAAAAGGAACUUUUUGUAGAUAAAACACGUCACUUGUUAGAGUUUGUUCAUGUUUCAAUUGACAGUGUUUCGGGGAUCAUUUUUUAAGAUUUUGUUGCAAAUUCAGUAAGAAAAUUUUUUUCUAUCGACCUGUAAACACCGACGUACGACAAGCCAAAUUUUGCUGGUGCAUCUGCUUAAUUUAACGCUAAAAUGUUAUCUUUUGAAACUGUCACGAAACGAGAAGCCAUUUUGAAACCCGUCCCAAAACAGUGAAUAUCCAAGGAUAUUCCGAGUUAGGGGGGCCAAUCAGAAGGUGCGAAAAUUGCUGUUCACUGAUUUUUUGAAUACUGAUACUAAUUGUUUUUGUUUCUGUUGUACUGGGGGAGGAGCUGAAAUUCUUCGAUCAGUCGCAGAUACAACAUCUACCUUUCAUGAAUACAGUAGAGCACAUUCUAUGCUCAUCCUGCCAAGGGCGUGGUCUUAAGACAAAGGCGUUCAUACGGCCGGGCAAGGUCUUUGUGUCGAAUCAAUGGUUAAUCCCAGGUUGAGAUUGUUAGAAGUUGCACUGAUACGGGUAUACUUCCGUUAAGAAUAUGAACGUUCCUUUGCAAACGCGAGUCCAAUCUGUAGUUGUUAGUUAACAUUUAAUGGGUAUUUUUUAAUAUUUCUUUUGUUAUUUAUCGGCAAAUGUAGAAAAACAAUUGAAGCAACGAUAAAUGGUAUAAAUCCAGCCUCGUUCCCAGCCGUCCUCUGCGGUUUCGGAUGUGACGUCAACUGUCAAGCUUGUCGGGAAAAUAGGACAAUUGCACGAUGACGAUAUUUGACUACAACUACCAGAAUUCAUUUCGGUUUUGCUUUGUUAUUGUCAAUCCCGCUGAGGAUUAAAGAACAAUAGCCUUAAUUUGCACAAGAAAACAACAAACUCAAGGAUUCUAGUAGUUGUAGUAAAAUGACGUCAUCGUGCAAUUGUCCUUAUUCGACGAGGACGUCCUCGCGCUAUCGCGCUAGGUUCCAAGCCUCCUCUGGUCACUCGGAUAGCGCAAACUGGCCUGGGUACAAGGCUUGCAUCUUGUCCAGUUAACAUGCUAACACAUAACGUUAGCCUGCCAGCAAUGGGAGAGCUUGCUCGCAGGGUACUCGACAUCCAGCCCUUAUUAAUUUUAUCAUUCAGAUAUCGACGAAUGUACUUCUUCUGUCCCUCUCUGUCACGUCAAUGCAACUUGCACCAACAAUGAUGGAUCUUACAUCUGUACUUGCAAGAAUGGAUUUUCUGGAGACGGGAAAACUUGCCAAGGUAGGAAAGGUUAUGUCCCAGAUCAAUUUGUGAUGCAAAUUUGACCAGGGUUUAGAUUCUUUUGCGACACCAAAAGAACAUUCUUCAUCGCCCCGUGUAAGGGAUUCCCCAUUCCGGAAUCAGCAAAAUUUUUGCUUGUGGAAUCCGGAGUCCCGGGCUUUAGAAUCCGGAAUACAGCUCAAGGAAUCCGGAAUCCCACUAAGGAUUGGAAUUCAGAUUCCACUGACAAAGACUGGGAUCAAGUACCUGGAAUCCAGAAUCCACAGCCUGGAAUCCAGAAUCCAAUACUGUCUUGGGCAAUUCUUCAAGUUAAGUCCUUAAUUUCAAUCACAUAAUUUGCAUUUGCAUGCCUUGAAUUACCUUAAGUAUGAAGAGUUUGUAAAUAAUUCUUCAAGCUUACUUUCGUCUCCAAUAUUUCGUGAUUAGUCUACGAUUUAUGACCAUUUGCAACAAAAAGUCUAUUUAAGAUAUCUUAAAAGUUUAGGAAAAUUCUGCAGCUCCAAAGGUCUUAAAAAUAGACACCGAACGCGUAGCUUAAGGUCAUUAUUUUUAAGAAGGCAGGGAAAACAAGAGGUUAUGGAACGAAUAACAAUAUACUGUUUAAGAUCGGUGUCCACAGUAAUAACCUGCUGAUUCUAAAAGAAAUGGAAAGGUAAUUUUUAGACGGCCGAAGAGCGAAGGUAUAUCCUAUGUAUAUAAUACAGGAUUACGAAACGUUAACUGAAAUAGUACACAACAACCCAAAUAUAAGAAAAAAAAGGGAAAGUGUCUACGGCUAAUUAACAGAUGCACAAAUAGGGCCAUUGACGAAAAUGAACAUUUAUAAUUUUGCUCAAAUGCGGAAAAUUUUGAAAUAAAUUGUUUGCAGAGGCUGUAAACACUGAAAUAAAUUGUAUGCAGGUAAAAAAAUGUGUUUGCAGGGAGACAGAGACACAAAAAAAUUGUUUGCAGCAGAAACUGCAUAUAAAAAAAAUGUUUGGAUGUGAAUAUUUUCCAAACCAAGACACUCGGGUACUGGAAGGACAUGUUUUGGUAAUUUGAAUAGUGUUAAUAUGCACUAGUGCUUAUAAAAACUGUUUAUGCUAAAUUUGUCUUAAGGAAUACAUUUGUAUAUAAAGUAAUCACUCCACUUAAGAACUCAUAAAAUCUGACGACACUGUAUUGUAUUGUAACCAGAAACUCUGAUAAGGGGUUGAAACGUGUAACUCGCAUUCAAUGCUCGUAAAUAUUCAAUUUUACCAUAUUUGGAAACCCUAGUGAAGGAUAUCCAUUUCACACAAAAUUGCUGCUGCGCGAUCACCAUGUGGUGGUUUUAAGACAAGCUGCAUUUCAAGAUUAAAAAUACACCUUAAAAAGACAAAAAAUGGAAAGAGAAAGUUAAAAAGACGGUCAAUUUUCUUUUUGUGGAGCCAGUAACGAGAGCCUUGACUCUUGUGCCACGUCAACACUACUUUUUGGUUAGUAAAUCAAAAACAGCAGAUUUUUUAAACUAUCCUCAAAAAAAAGGCUACAUAAAAAAAGGAAAAAUGCAUACCUUCGGGGUCUUUCAAACACCAGAGGAUCCAGGAUCCACUCCUGAUUGGCUGUGAAGCAGCCAAAUGGAAAGAAAAGGGGGGAGAAGAAAACAUUUGCUUAAUUUGCACUAAAAGUCCUCCAAAACAGACUUGCCCGUUAAGGACAAAAUGAAGGAGUAAGCAUCGUAGCAAGGGAAAAAAGGCCUUGUAGGCAAUUACCAAAUUCCCUUUCUUAUACUUUUACAUGACGGUUAAAACAUAUUUGUGGAAAGCGUGAGUGGGCUUUGUCAACUCUCUCACAUUAUUUUCAAUUUUACUGCACAUUCAGUGCAUUUAAAUGAAAAAUGCUAUUAAUUCACUUUGUUUUAAAUAGUUGAUCUACAAAAAAAGUGGACCUCUGAAGCCUGUGGGGGAAGUGAGUGCACCCGUCGCCCCCUCCCUACGGGCCUGUAUUCAGCCUUUUUUUUUUUGGCUUCCCUCACUGGGAAGGGGGUGGGACUCCAGAAACCCCCUAUCCAUAUCUUUAAAACAACUCACACUUCGGCCACUAAACUUUCAUACAAUAAUGUAGUCAGCAUGUCCAACUUCUGGGCAUGACCUGAUUGACACAGUUAAUCUGAUGUCAUUGGAAUUGACAGAAUUAUUGGCAGAAUCCAAAUUUCCCUAAAAGUACACAUUAAGCAAAAAUACUUAAAUAGUAAGUAAAAUCAAGAAGCUGGCUAACAUGUAAUUAACCUUCAAAUAGCAGUGAUGUCAUGGUGAUGUUGUUUAUUCGUGACCGAAAAGGAACUGGAACCAACAGCCAUCUUGGAUUCGCCAUUCUGAAUUGUUUAAAUGUAUUCCAAAAUUACUUGAGACAAGUGACAAUCAAGGAAUAUUUAACACAAAACUUUAUCUGAUUAUAAAAGGAUGCUUAGGACUAAAAGCAAAAAAAGUCUGCAAAAUAUUCAAUUUCGAGAGAAGUGAACACUGCUGAAAAUUACACCAUAGUUAUUACAGGAGACUGGUUAUUAAAAGCUGCAAACAUCAAUUUUUUUAUUAUAAAAACAAGGGUGCCGCAGUUUAUGUUGGAAGCUUCCUGAAGGAGCACAAUCCUUUGUUUUCUGUUAGCAAAUUGUGACGGAAUAAAUAAAUUAAUGCUACGUUUUUAUUGGUCAAAACGCUGGGAAUGCAACGUUGGGCAGCUUCAGACCCACAAAAAUAUACAUCAAAGGACUCAGACCGGUUUCAUAACCACUUCACUCCAUUAACUAUGAUUGAACUCAGAAUCUGCCAUUUAGUCAUAUUACUAAAAAUUCAAGUUUUUUUCUCAAACUAGUCACUAAAGAACCGGGAUUUCAUCAACAGUGACAAUAGCUUUGGAAGAAUAAUGCUUAAUUAAAUGUAAUAUAUCCAGUAGUAAAAAUAUAAUUAAAACCUACUUUUUUAAAAGAAGAACAUGGCCACCAAAACCUGGUUGCCAUGGUUACGUCAAUGUAGACGUAUUCGUCACGACGACUUUCUAAAAUAAUUUUUAGGAGGAGUCACUUAGUUUAGUGGUCAUAGCUUGAACGGUUUUGAAGUUAUUCAUCUUCAAAAGUCCCCCCCCCGGUUUGAAUAGCACAUAGAAGGCUAUAGCGACCCGCUAUAUCAUGAGUAUCAACUUAGUGAUACAGUGAUACAAGUACGUGACCUGCCACACAUUUUUGUGUUUGAAUUCUACAAUCAAACUCUUUCAACGUAGGCCAGUGCGUUUUGUAGUAGAGUAACUUCAUUCAUCUUUUUUUUGUUUUAGACAUCGACGAAUGUUCUACCAACUCUCAUAGCUGUGACGUAAAUGCGGUGUGCGGCAAUACUCUAGGUUCUUACACAUGCGCUUGCAAACCAGGAUACUCGGGUAAUGGAAGAACAUGCUCUGGUAAGUUGAAUAGUGUAAUUUAAAAACAAAGUGUUUAUGCUAAAUUUGUCUUUACAGUAUAUGACGCAAUUACCCCACGCGAAAACUCACAAAAUUUGAUGACACUAUUGUGUGUAACCCAGUUAAACAGGCAACGAUGGGUGUUCAUAAAAAAAUACAUCAAACUAAAAACUAAAAUACACCAGAUGAAUUUCUAAAAAUAUGUCUAUUCGAUAAAGUUGUAAAUAUAGUUUCUUUUAUGUGAAGACAUAAUUUUUUUUCUUGUAAUGUAUUAUUUCACAGUUUUGCGUUUGAAUUAUACAAUCAAACUCUUUUAACGUAGACCAGUGCGUUUUUACUUGUAGUAGAGUAACUUCAUUCAUCUUUUUUUUGUUUUAGACAUCGACGAAUGUUCUACCAACUCUCAUAGCUGUGACGUAAAUGCGGUGUGCGGCAAUACUCUAGGUUCUUACACAUGCGCUUGCAAACCAGGAUACUCGGGUAAUGGAAGAACAUGCUCUGGUAAGUUGAAUAGUGUAAUUUAAAAACAAAGUGUUUAUGCUAAAUUUGUCUUUACAGUAUAUGAAGCAAUUACCCCACGCAAAAACUCACAAAAUCUGAUGACACUAUUGUGUGUAACCCAGUUAAACAGGCAACGAGGGGUGUUCAUAAAAAAUACAUCAAACUAAAAGCUAAAAUAGACCAGAUGAAUUUCUAAAAAUAUAUCUAUUCGAUAAAGUUGUAAAUAUAGUUUAUUUUAUGUGAAGACAUAAUUUUUUUUCUUCUAACGUAUUUAUUUCACAGUUUUGCGUUUGAAUUAUACAAUCAAACUCUUUCAACGUAGACCAGUGCGUUUUUACUUGUAGUAGAGUAACUUCAUUCAUCUUUUUUUUGUUUUAGACAUCAACGAAUGUUCUACCAACUCUCAUAGCUGUGACGUAAAUGCGGUGUGCGGCAAUACUCUGGGUUCUUACACAUGCGCUUGCAAACCAGGAUACUCGGGUAAUGGAAGAACAUGCUCUGGUAAGUUGAAUAGUGUAAUUUAAAAACAAAGUGUUUAUGCUAAAUUUGUCUUUAGCAGUAUAUGAAGCAAUUACCCCGCGCAAAAACUCACAAAAUCUGAUGACACUAUUGUGUGUAACCCAGUUAAACAGGCAACGAGGGGUGUUCAUAAAAAAUACAUCAAACUAAAAGCUAAAAUAGACCAGAUGAAUUUCUAAAAAUAUAUCUAUUCGAUAAAGUUGUAAAUAUAGUUUCUUUUAUGUGAAGACAUAAUUUUUUUUCUUGUAACGUAUUUAAUCAUGUAUUGGUUUCUCAGAUAUAUUACCUAUUUACAAGCUACUCCAAAAUUCGAGUGUAAGCAUAAUAAAGAUUAUGUAUGUAUGCAAACUACCAGCUUUUAAUGUUUGUAUGUAGAUAUCGACGAAUGCUCUACCAGCUCUCACAGCUGUGACGUCAAUACGGUGUGUAGUAAUACUGUGGGAUCUUACGUAUGCGCAUGUAAAGCAGGAUUCACAGGAGAUGGAAACACCUGCACUGGUGAGCCGUUUAAGUCUAAUUGAAAAUGUUUGUUUGAUAUGUUUGUUUUUGAAUAAACCGGCAACAACGGCAAUACAACAUCUUUAAUUUUUUUACUCUUCUUGCCCUUCCAAUAAAGUUUUGGCUAGAUGGGAAAAAAAAUACAGUAAAAAUGACCGCUUGGAGUAUGCGAACAGACAAGCGAUGUCAAGCAGUCAGAUUAUGUAAGCAAUAAAGUACUGGCGCCGGUUGUACAAACCCUGGUUAGCGCUAUCCAACAGAUAAAUCACUAUUCAGUAGGUGAGUAUUGGGUAAUCAAUUGCGCUAUCCACUGGAUAGAGAUUUAUCGACUGGAUAGGGUUAUCCAUCUUUUGAACAACUGGGGCCAGGUCGGCAAGAUGCGCAAAGUCGUAAGAUGUGCGUAAGUGCGAUAUUUUUUUUUUGUCCAAUAAGUGCAACAAUAUAGAUUAUUCAAACCUGCGAUCAUUUUUCCUUUUAUCAAGCUUAAAAUAAUUAAUUCCGUUAAACUUGUUUCCCCUUUACAAAGAAAACGGUUACAAAGGUUAUGAUUAAGUUAUGAUUAAGCUUACUUGUACCGUUCCCUUUUUGUAGACAUUGACGAGUGCAGCCGCGGUACUCACAACUGCCACAGUUCACUUGCUUCAUGUACAAACACAGUGGGAUCCUUUAGUUGUUCAUGUAACAAUCCUUACACUGGAAAUGGCAUAACUUGCCAUCUAGCAUCAGGUAAUCAACUCGCCGAAUAUUAGGAAGAUGUCCAUUUACUAGACCUCUAUUCGGAGAUGGCAAAACUUGCAUUAAUAUUCCAUACGGUAAUUAUUAUCACCAAGAAUUAGGAAUGUGUUCAUUCACUAGACCCUUAUUUACUCUCGUUAGAAGCAUGUUACUUUAACCUUGAUUGUUUAACGAGGGUUUCAGUUAAAUGCAAAUAUUACCCAGAUCUCUUGUCGACGUAGCCGAAAGUGAGAUCUGGUCAAUUAAUCAAAUUCAAUUCUCUUUUUUAUUAGCCACUCAAACUGCCUAAAAAGUAUAUGUAUUGCGGAAAUGACAUGAGUAUUGUUAUUAGCACGCGCUAUGGUGUCUGCAAUUCAUUCUUCACAAAAUCUUUUUCUGGUCGUCUCCCCUUUUGCUCGCCUCAUUACGACGCACGAAUACGUGUAUCGAUGAUGACCGGCUUUGCACAAGCCAAGGCCCAUUGAAGAACAAGAGAAAGGAAAAGUUUGAUUUUAAGAUUUCUUAUAUAUUAAGUGAAUACUUGAACUGCAACACUUUACUUACUAGUGGCUUCUAAUAUGUAGGGAUCGGAUCGUCCAUCAUUCUCCUUCCCAGAGCUUCGAUCCGUUUGCGGGUCAGCGUCGGCGAUCCACACUGACCAAAAGGAUCGAAGCUCUGGAACAAAAAUGAUCGUCCAUACGUCUAUUUACCAGUUAUUCUGGACACAGGCCUGCCCAGAGGGAAUGUGAACGAACGGGACUCAGGUCCCAUGUGGGGUGCAUGCCAUCCCUACCCAAUCCCACACCCCGUAAAGGUUGGCCACACCACCGGGGGUAUACAAUCCCUACUCUCUUCCAAUAGUGAUGUUCCCACAAGAAGAAAUAAUUGAAAGUGCUGUGAGACAGAAUGUACGGUUUUUCGUCCUUAACCGAGAAGACUAGAAAGUCUAAACAUUUGAGGAUGUCAUUGCAAAGGCAGCACUUUCAUCUCAGUUAUAUAAAGACCCUGAGUGUUGGUCCGGCCGGGGUUUCAACCCGCGUUGAACCCUACGUCCGUUUAGAUUGUGCUUAUACUCGUUUCGUACCUGCGAGACUAACUCAGAGCCUUUAAAUCAAUGUUUGAGUUUCUCACAUUUCUGGGUACCUCUUGCGUUGAGCAGUAUUUCAAGAUAGCCGUUUGGGGAUUAACGAAUUAUUUCUUAAGCACAUCACUGCAAUAAUACUCUAUAAUCAUGGUGUAGUUUCUUGGUGUUGCAGUGAAGAAAACUGAUCAAUACCCACAACACAAAACAAAAGUAUCGGUUUCCGCAACAGAAAGAAACACCCAAGAUAACAUAGAGAGUUAAGUACUCCAUAGAAAAGUGCAAGAGCAUGAUUUUUAGUCCCGACGUGAGCAAGAAAAUAUAAGAGGAACUGAAACUUUACGACAAAGACCACAUUAGCUGCCAUUAAAUGAUGGGAUGGACUCAUGAUCAGGGGCCAAUUUUUAAAAAAUCUUUGAGUAUCAUCGAUCAAAGGGUUCUUGGUCCAUUUUUUUUCAAGAGAUAAUUAAAAGAAGCUUUAUUAUAAGAAAUAUAUGAAAAUGGCGCGUUGUAAAUCCAUUGCAAAAGGAGAAUCACGGUACCGGGGUGCUACAUACUUGAAAGGUCCAACCAGCAUAAAUCACUUUGUCGUUAGACCCUUCUCACCAAAAUGGUUUAAAUAAAAGCGUGAGAUUGAGAUUGGAAGGGGUCACAAGGGAAGCUUGAAAUCUUGUUUCUUCUCAAUAUUAUUUAACAAUAUAUCACCGUUUCUGAUUGUUUGUCCCGCCGCUAAAUCCUCAAAACCGACACACGAUUACCAUAUUUGGAGGUCGAUGUAGGCAGUACCCAAUCGCUGGCAUGCUCCUCCUCGAUCUGCAUAAUUCUUCACAUCACACUCAGCCUCAUUCAAUUAUAGUUAAAUAUAUGAAAUAUUUUUGACUCUAUAAGGUUCUCAAUAGAAGAGGAAAACUUUGAACUUGUUUCCGCCAUGUUAAUUAAGGCGGGGAGUCGAAAAAUCAUCCACAUUGAUCACGUCGAGUGAACCAUUACAUUAUUCACGAUAUAUGCACUGUGACUAUAACUUUCUAUCCGGAGAAUUGAUUUCUGUAAUUUUGCCGAUUAACUGCGAAUGCGGUGAACUUUAACUGUCGAGACCCAACUGUUUUCUAACGAAAAGUUCGGAAACAGAUCCUCAGAGAAUGUUCCCCUAAAUCUUCAUUUGCUAGUUAGUAUCUCUUUAUUUUUGUUAGUAUCUUUUUCUUUUCAGUAUCUUGUGUUUGGAUUUUAUUUUUAUCCAUUCACGGUAACCUUGGAAAGAAAUUCAGUUUGCUGCAUCCGCUUUCAUUUCGCUUACAGUGUAAUUUAUUUCGCUCUUCUUUCCCUUUCCCCUUAUUUAUUAAUUCGGUACAAAUUUGUUUUAUGACAUUUUACCAAGAACGCCAAACGAAGAUAAAUACGACUUCAAUCAGUAAUGUAUUCGUAGCGUGCGCAAGUCACUUUUUUAUUAGGAGCUUUUACAAUAGAGAGCCACCACAGGAAUGAGAACGUCAUAAAAAUCAUUUAGCAACCAUAUUGAAGUGAAAUAUUUAGUAACAGUAAUAAUUCAUCAGCCUACCCCAUAAAAUGGCUUUUCAGUCAACUUCAAAAUUGCAAUUUUUCUACUUAACAAUAUGUGAAAUUUACAUUGUAUUGGGAGAAAAAAAAAUGAAAUAAGGAAAUGACGCUUCUUCACUUCAGCCUUAAGCUGGUCGAGAUUCUCUUUAUUACCUGAAGAUUCUGCAAAGUCAUUCCAGAGGCGGGCUGCUCAUGGCAGCUGACCGGCAGUGAAUCUAAAGGAAGGCAUGUCUAACUUGUUUCUGCUUCCAAUAUUACGAGAGUGCACAUCAACCAUUUUCUUAAACCUGUUACAGAUAAGGGGCUGGGCAAGUCCCUUAAUAUGUGUUACAUAAACUCGAAUUUUUUUAAGAGGGUGCUAAUGGGGGUACCCAAUUCUCAGUUAACUACUAAUUUUUCAGCCAAAUAUCAGUUAACUACUAUUUUUUGGGCCAAUUCUCAGUUAACUACUAAAUUUCGGUUAGCUAAUAUAUAGAUUUAGCCAGGGCUAAAAGCGAAGCUCUGAUUAAUGAUACGUGUGAACAAAAAAAAUAAAUCGUGUAAUGCUAAACGCGGACGACAAUGAAUAAGGCUUCAAGACUAAUAGAUGUAAUUAGCAAAAAAAAAAACAAAUUGCACGUGCAGCACGCUUUUUUGUCUUUCCCUUGUUGUUGUUUUGCACGACUACAACGCUGUUUUGUACGGUUAAAACGUCAAACUUCCUAGUUACACAUUAUUUUCAUGGAGGAAUUGUCGUAUGUGCUUACCCAAUAUUUUGUCUCCUGUGUUCAUGUUCGCUUUUAUUUUUCAUUGCCGCUCAUUUUCACCUUGCUGGUCGCUAGCAUUUCUCAUUUUCUCACCGCCGCUUUGAAUUUCCAUGUUUUUCUUCCUAAGAAAUUCGUCUCCUUUGCUUUCAAUAACUCGCUCUAGCUCUUUCUCUGUUGUCCACGUUAUGUAAACAUAAAAAAUAACGCCGAAAAAGACACGGCUAUGUUGUUGUUUGUUCUUCUAAAUAAAACCUUGAGUCGCGUUUGGGUUGCCAUACCUGUUGAUUGAGUUAUUUUACAUUGGUAUGCCUGUGGUGCGGACGGACGGUCGCUCGCUCGCUCGGUGUACGGUCACGUGAUUACCAAAUUUUCUUGGAUGGGUAGUUUACCACAUUUUCUUACCUAUGGUGCUCCGCUGCGCGCUUCGCGCGCGAGAGCUCCGCUAUUAACUUUCACUUUCCUACAGCGAAUAUUAUUCCGUCACAACCCGAAUUUUCUAAAAUCAAGAUAUAUAUUUACCUAAACUCCGCCACUAGUACAAUUUAUAAGUAACUGAAAAUGUAGAAAAGAGCAUACAAUUAUCUAACCGAAGUAGUAAAAAUGGGUAAGCGCUAUGACGCGACGAACACUCGCAAAAAAUUGUGUUACUUCCGAUUGCCUCCAAAUUUGGCCCACAGGAAGUCAAUAGAUUUAGCCAUAUGUGCCAACUUCCAGGCCCUGGGGAGUUUUGAGCUUCAGGCAACGAUUUUUUCAAAUCUAGUGAAAAUGGCGCUUCCGUCGGGAAGAAUUUUGUCGCGGCUUUUGCGAAGAAUGAAAGCUUUUAUCGACGAAUUUCGACCAAAUACAAGUCAAGCAAAUUAUUUUGGAGGAUUCUGGAGGAUAACAAGCGAAAUAAACGCGAAAAUAGAGGUAAUAAAACAGUAAGAAUCUUUGCUUCAAACUCGCCGAGUAGGCCAUAGUCUGGCACACAUUCUGUUGAAACGCAGUAAUAACUGUGGAAAUUUCUUUAACUUGGAUACUCGUUUUGCGAAGGCAGCUAGACGCUUAGGGCCUGUUUACAUGGAGGUGGGGGUCCCCAUGUUAGUGAGGUGACUCGCUUAGGUAGGGUAACUCGCCUGUCCAUACAAUCUCUCAUAUGGUCACCCCCACCUAUCAUGUAAACGUGAUCAAAUUAAAAUGAGAGAUUAUAUGGACAGGGGGGGUUACGCACCUACACGUGAACAGUUCUUUAAACUGUGUACUUGAGGUUGUACAUGUACAGUAUUUGCAUAAUUAUAUCUGACCGACCUUUGUUAUUUUGGCUGCUUUUGUGUUCCCAUUCUAUUAUUAUUUUUUUUUUAGUUAAAAAGAGAAGACCGUUAUUUGGCAAUCCUAUUGCAAUGAAAUAUGAAGUAAUAGUAAUAGUUUAUCAGCUUACCUUAGAAAAUGGCUUUUCGGCCAACUUUACAGUUGCAAUUUGAUAAUUAAAAACAUAAUUAUCUACUUUACAAUAUCUGAAAUUUAUUGGAAAAAAAAAAUGAAAUAAGGAAAUAAUUAACGUUUCUUCACUUCAGCCUUAACCUGAUUCAGAUUCUCUAUAUUACCUAACGAUUCGGGAAAGACAUUCCAGAGGUGGACUGUUCAUGGCCGCUGAUCAGCAGUGAAUCGAAAGGAAGGCAUGUCUAACUAUGUUUCUGUUUCCAAUAUUAUGAGAGUAAACUCGAAUUUUUUAAGGCUUGUCAAAAAACGCGUUUUCUGGUUAAAAAAUCUCACGCUUAUUACGCUCAAAUGUUAAACCAGUGAUAAAACACUGAUGUUGGUGUUUUAAACAUAACUAAACACGGAACGCUGUCAGACUAGAAAACCAUUUUUUUUCUUUUUCUACAUUGAGAUACAUUACAAUAGAAUUAAACGCCAAAAAGCAUUCACCAACUUGGUGAAUUUGACAAUUAACUUGAACGAAAUGGAAUAAGAGUGAUAAAAAUUAAUGUGAAACAGCGUGAAUACAAUGUUUUGGGGCGUUUUCGCUCCAUGCCGUCGCAGUCGUGGUUGCUUAAUAUGCUCCUUAUAUGGAAAGAGACUGUGACUGAUAGGGAGAUCGGGUAUGUCAAAUAUGGAGAAUAUGGAAUCUACGCCUCCGACUGAGUUUAAUAAACUCUGGAGAGGCUAAACUGUGACGUCACUGAAAUUCGCAGUAGACUGCGAGAUUAAAACCGCAUCAUUUGAAGAGAGAGCAUUAUGCCGCUAGCACGCAAGCUCAGAAAGAAUAAAAACUUUAUAGACGUUUGUAAUUUUGCGCGUUUCAGCCUGAUCAUUAUGAUAACAAGCUUCAAUCCGGUAUCUGACACUUGCGCGAGCUUGCUUUUAUAAAGGGAGGCUCUCCAGCAAAGUGUAGUUCGCUGCUUUCCGUUAUUUAUUCUAUGACGCAUCUCUUGACGUACACGGAUCCGUGCAGAAGAAGAAAGUGAAAUUGCAUGAAAUUGCAGGCGAUGAAAAAAUCAAACAGGAAUGGUUUUUUCUUCCUUGUGAGUUCACGGGCAAGCUAACUCAAGGAAUUUUGAAACUCGACCUUGGUGCCAAAGUCAGUCCAAGGCAACCUCAUAGCACAAGAUCUCUCAGUAAGAUUUUUUUUAUAGUUACAAAGUAAAAGUCUCUUAUCACCAACGCUACAACGUUUUCAUAAGCUCUAUUUUUUUACAAUAACUGAGUUAAUUCUCUUGUGCUGAUUGGCUAAUUUCUAUCAAUAAUAAGAGAAGAGACAUAAAAUUUUAAUUUCUGCAAGACGAAACACCGUAUACAACUUAGCGUUUCUAAAAUUUACCCGCUUAAUACGGACACCGUUUAAUAUGGACAACGUUAACGGACACUUUUUUGUAUCCAGAGGCACAAACUCGCAUACAUUGUUUACCCCUGCUAUUUACGGACACUGUUUAUCUGCGCACUGUCUAUUUUCCUUGUAACAAUCACGUGCUAAUUGUAGAUAUUGUACACUGUUCAAACAAUGACAGAUUUCUUUGGGUUUAAGAAGCAGAAUAGCGUGAUAAGUGAGUCUUUCCCGCGUUUGACCCUUGCACUAUAUAGCCAUUAAAUAAUUUUCUUCUGCUACAAAAAUUUCACUUCCUUAUUAGCUUUUCGCCACAGUCAUUUUUCCUACCCUUCUUCCUCUUUGUCUGCCAUAGUCUUUAUAUCAGUACAAUAUGUGUCCUGGACGUUUUUCCGGAGAGCCCACUUAUUACGGCCAUCCAGAUGAUACGGACACCAAGGCAUUUCCCCUAAUUGUCCGUAUUAACCAAAUUCUACAGACUGUAGUUUCUUUUUAAAAAGUAAAAUGUUUUUUUACUCAUCCUUGUUUCCAAACAAUUGUUAUUAAUAGUUAGUUAAUAGUUAAUAGUUAUUUACCUAUUAUUACCCUACUUUAUCGUAUAUGUAGCAGAAAUAACUCACUCAUUUGCAGGCGCAAAUCGAGGCAGCUUAAGAAUGUCUACAGAUAUAUUUGUCUCCCUUUCCCAUGUUAUUUCUUAACCUCUGUCUGUAUGUCUACCAGUGUGUGAAAGUCACUAACCAAUCCUCAAUGACUGACUCAUAUGUAAACAGAGUUCGCCACAAUGGGGCAGGUGCUGGGGAAUCUUACAGGACGUGAAAAUUACCCACUUUGAACCUGUUUAUGUACAGCAGAUAAAACUUUACGAAACCAGUUCAACUACAAAAAAUAUUAAAAUAUUAAAUAAUUUUCUACAUUUUUAAAAGUUAAUUAAAUUGAUUCUUAUGAUAAUAAUUAUAAUUUUUCCUAUAUCAGAAUGUCAGAAUUACGGAAGUCUUAACAGCGCUGACAGAAAGAUUACGUACUCUGGUAGCAGUCGUUAUUGUGACAGUGGAAUCGGACCUGGUUGGUUUCGUUUUGAGGGGUCCGCCGGUACAAGAAUGGCAACUUCAUGUCCACCUACAGGCAGAUGUGGCACAAGUGCACAGGGAUGGUUGAAUGGUGGACACCCCACAGUAGCAGACGGUCAGGUCAGCAGGACGGUGUGUUUUCAUUUUUUCGGUAGCUGCUGUCGCUGGUCAACAAACAUCAAAGUGAGAAAUUGUGGUUCAUAUUAUGUGUACUAUCUCCAUGGUACAAGAAAUAAUGGCCAUUGCUAUCUCCGUUAUUGUGGCACUGACUAA